AUGUCUGAACGGGACAAUCUCACCACCCGCGUCCUCCCCGAGAUGGUCCUUUCCACCGGGGACAACCCGCUGACACGCCCACUCGACCAGGCGCAAGGUCUCACUCCCGUCCAGCGUGCUGCAUCGCGUUUCGCUGUCAAUGGGAACGCCAUCAUCACCGGUGGCCUGGGGAACAUAGCGCUUGUCUGUGCGCGCGCUCUGCUGGAGCAUGGCCUCUCUGGCCUUGCGCUGCUGGACCUUCAGGGCACGAUCAAAUCCCCCGCAGCGUCCGCUGCGUUCGACUCACUCCAACGAGACUUCCCCGAUGUCAAGAUCCACGCCAUCCCCGUGGACGUUUCGAACGCGGACAGCGUCAGCAAGGCAGUCGACGAGGCUGCCGAGGAGAUGGGCAGCAUUAACAUCUGCAUUUGCUUUGCGGGCAUCGUUAGCUGCGUGCAUGCCACGGACCUGACGCCGGAUGACUGGAGCAAGACCUUGCAGGUCAACACGAGCGGGAGCUUUUUCGUCAGCCAGGCGGCGGCAAAGCAAAUGAUAGCGCAGCAAUCAGGAGGCGCGAUCCUCCUCACUGCGUCAAUCUCAGCACACGCCGUGAACUUCCCCCAGCCUCAGGUUGCCUACAACGCAUCUAAAGGCGCACUGCUGCAGCUCUCGCGCUCACUCUCUGCCGAAUGGGCUAGAUACGGCAUCCGAGUGAACACGAUCUCUCCGGGAUAUAUAGAUACCAUCCUCAACCAUGGGGAAGGCCUCGCACACGCGCGUUCCAUCUGGAACUCCAGGAACCCUACCGGAAGGAUGGGCUCACCAGAGGAGCUCACUGGUGCCGUGGUCCUGUUCUGCAGCUCGGCUGGGUGCUGGAUAAGCGGAAGCGAUCUGAUAGUAGAUGGCGGAGGCCAUGUAUUCUGA